UGGGACGCCCACUUCCCAGCCAUGGGACCCCAGGCCACGGCGGUCUGCUCCCUGCUCUUUCUGCUACAGGUCCUGGCUGAGCCGGCUGAGAACUCGGACUUCAGCCUGGCUGGGGAUUACCUCUUGGGAGGCCUCUUCACCCUCCAUGCCAAUGUGAAGGGCAUCGUCCACCUCAACUUCCUGCAGGUGCCCAAGUGCAAGGAGUACGAGACAAAGGCUCUGGGCUACAAGCUCAUGCAGGCCAUGCACUUUGCGGUGGAGGAGAUCAACAACCACAGUGGCCUGCUGCCCGGCGUGCGGCUGGGCUACGAGAUGGUGGACGUCUGCUACGUCUCCAACAACAUCCAGCCCGUGCUCUACUUCCUGGCGCGGGAGGACUAUUACCUGCCCAUCCAGGAGGACUACAGCCACUAUGUGCCCCAUGUGGUGGCUGUCAUUGGCCCUGAUAACUCUGAGUCUACCAUGACUGUGGCCCACUUCCUCUCCCUCUUUCUCCUUCCACAGGUCACCUACAGCGCCAUCAGCGACUACCUGCGGGACAAGCAGCGCUUCCCUUCCCUGCUGCGCACGGUGCCGGGCGCGGAUCACCACGUGGAGGCCAUGGUGCAGCUGAUGCUCCACUUCGGCUGGAACUGGAUCGUCCUGCUGGUGAGCAGCGACGACUACGGGCGCCGCAACGGCCAGAUGCUCAGCGAUCGCCUGGCCCGCAGCGACAUCUGCGUCGCCUUGCAGGAGGCGCUGCCCACUCCGCAGCCCAGCCAGGCGGUGACGCCGCAGGAGCGCAGGCGCCUGGAGACCAUCGUGGACAAGCUGCAGCGCAGCUCGGCCAACGUGGUGGUCGUGUUCGCCCCGGAGCUGGCGCUGCACAACUUCUUCCGCGAGGUGCUGCGCAGGAACUUCACCGGCACCGUGUGGAUAGCCUCUGAGUCCUGGGCCAUCGACCUGGGCCUGCACGACCUCUCCGAGCUGCGCCACGUGGGCACCUUCCUGGGCAUCACCACCCAGAGCGUGCCCAUUCCGGGCUUCAGCGAGUUCCGCAUGCGCCGUGCCCGGGCCAGGCCACCCCCGUCCAACAGGACCCGUCUGAGGACCACCUGCAACCAGGAGUGCGACACCUGCCUGGACACCAUGGAGGCCUUCAGCACCGUCCUCACGCUGUCCGGGGAGCGUGUGGCCUACAGCGUGUACUCGGCCGUCUAUGCGGUGGCCCACGCGCUGCACCGCCUCCUGCGUUGCAGCCAGACCAGCUGCUCCAAGGAGGUGGUCUAUCCCUGGCGGCUACUUCAGGAGAUCAGGAAGGUCAACUUCACCCUCCUGGGCCACCACAUCUCCUUCGACCAGUAUGGGGACCUGCUCAUGCCCCUAGAGGUCAUUCAGUGGCGGUGGAACCUGAGCCAGAACCCAUUCGAGAGCAUCGCCUCCUACCACCCUGCACAAAGGCAGUUGAAGGAUGUCCGCGAAGUGUCCUGGCACACCCCCGAUGGCACGGUCCCCACGUCCACAUGUUCCAAGGACUGCCAACCUGGGCAAAAGAAGAAGUCUGUGGGCAUCCACCCCUGCUGCUUUGAGUGCCUUGACUGCCUCCCUGGCACCUUCCUCAACAAAACGGAAGAUGAAUUUGAAUGCCAACCCUGCCCAAGCACCGAGUGGUCCCACAGGAGAGACGUCUCCUGCUUCAAGCGGAUGCUGGUCUUCCUCAAGUGGCACCAUGUGUCCACCAUCGCCGUGGCCCUGCUGGCGGCCCUGGGCUUCCUCAGCACCCUGGCCAUCCUGAUCGUAUUCUGGAGGCACCUGCAGACGCCCAUGGUUCGCUCAGCCGGGGGCCCCAUGUGUUUCCUGAUACUGAUGACGCUGCUGGUGGCCUACGUGCUGGUCCCUGUGUAUGUGGGGCCACCCACGGUCUCCAGGUGCCUCUGCCGCCAGACUCUCUUCACCAUCUGCUUUACCCUCUGCAUCUCCUGCAUCGUCGUGCGCUCCUUCCAGAUCGUCUGCGUCUUCAAGGUGGCCCGCCGUCUCCCGCGCGCCUAUAGCUACUGGGUUCGCUACCACGGGCCCUAUGUCUUUGUGGCGGUCAUCACGGCGCUCAAGGUGGUCAUCGUGGUGGGCCAUCUGCUGGUCACGCCCACCAGGCCCACCGCCCGCGCCGUCCCUGAUGACCCCAAGAUCAUGGUCCUCUCCUGCAACUCCAGCUACCGCAGGGGGCUGCUGGUCAACACCAGCCUGGACCUGCUCCUGUCCGUGGUGGGCUUCAGCUUCGCCUACAUGGGCAAGGAGCUGCCCACCAACUACAACGAGGCCAAGUUCAUUACCUUCUGCAUGACCUUCUAUUUCACCUCUUCCAUCUUCCUCUGCACCUUGAUGUCUGUCUACGAGGGGGUGCUGGUCACCUUCCUGGACCUCUUGGUCACUGUGCUCAACCUCCUGGGCAUUAGCCUCGGCUACUUCGGCCCUAAGUGCUACAUGAUCCUCUUUUACCCGGAGCGCAACACGCCAGCCUACUUCAGCAGCGUGAUCCAGGGCUACACCAUGGGGAGGGACUAGCGCUGCCCCUGGGUUAGGGCCUCGGCGUCGGGGGGCGCGGGUCCGGGGCCUUGCUCCUUCGAGCGAC